AUGAACUUUCUUCAUCUUGCCGCCUCUCUUCUCGUGACCGCCUCGAGCGUCAACGCUAUGGGCGAUCUCGGUUUCUGUAUUGGAACCAAAGACAACUCUGGCGUCUGUAAAUAUACCGACGGCUACAAGGAGGACCUCCAAAAGCUCGCUCCCUACACCAACACUAUUCGUUUCUACUCCACCUCCGACUGCAACACUCUCCAGUGGCUUGCUCCCGCGCUCGUUGCGGAGAACUUCAAAGCUGUUGUCGGUAUUUGGCCCACUGACGAUACCCACUACCAGAUGGACAAGGAUGCGGCCUCUACCUACCUCCCCCAGAUGUCUAUCGACAACGUUGUCGCUUUCACCGUUGGCUCUGAGGCGCUUUACCGCAAGGACUUGACCCCCCAGCAGCUGGCCGACAAGAUCAGCGACUUUAAGAACUUUGUCUCCGGCAUUAAAGACAAGGACGGCAAGUCUUACAGCUCUGUCCCCGUGGGUACUGCCGACUCUUGGAACGUGCUUGUUGACGGUUAUAAUGCCCCCGCCGUCCAGGCCUGCGACCUCGUCUUGGCUAACGCCUUCUCGUACUGGCAGGGUCAGGUCAUGAACAACGCUUCCUACUCCUUCAUUGACGAUAUUAUGCAGGCUGUGCAACAGGUCCAGAGCAUCAAGGGCACUGACGACAUCGACUUCUGGGUCGGUGAGACCGGCUGGCCUACCGACGGUGGAAACUACGAGUCUGCUCAACCCUCUGUGGACAACGCCGAGACCUUCUGGCAGCAGGGCAUCUGUGCUAUUAGAGCUUGGGGCAUCAACACCUUUGUUUUUGAGGGCUUUGACGAGGCUUGGAAGCCCCCUUCCACUGGCCAAAAUGGCCAGGAGGUCCAGGGUGUCGAGCGCUUCUGGGGUGUCUACGAUGCUAACGGAACCCUCAAGUACGAUCUCAGCUGCAAGUUCUAA